AUGUCGAACAUAGCCGUGGUCAUUCCAGCUGCCAAAGCGCCACUGGAGGUCAAGGAAGUCGAGGUUUACACACCCGGCCCACAUGAAUUCCUGGUCAAGAAUGAAGUAAUCUCGUUCAUUCCGGUUGAGGCCAAGAUCGCCAAAUUGGCUUUGAUCCCCAUCCCAUACCCGGCCAUUCUUGGCCUAUCCUAUGGCGGUACAGUCGAAGCGACUGGACCGGAGGUCACCAACUUCGAAGUUGGUGACAAGGUAGCUGUGCAGAAGCGGUUUAGCCAAGUCGGCCCCCAAUAUGGUGCAUACCAGAGAUAUGUCGUAGCCGGAGACGACACAGCCAGCAAGGUUCCUGCUGGCGUCGAUCUCGUGGAUGCGGCCACCUUGAUCUCAAACCUGACCACCAUUGUUGGACUGUUUGGGGUACGCUUGGGGCUGAACAGACCCAAGGUGGAUGGGACAGCCGCCCCAGUCGGCAAGAAAGUUUUGAUCUAUGGCGGCAGCUCCAGCGUCGGCAGUCUUGCUGUACAAUGGGUCUCGCAGGCUGGGUACGACGUCGUCACCACCACAUCUCCCAAGCAUAAAAGCUUCGUUUCCAAAUUGGGCGCAGUACAUGUCAUUGACCAUACCCAAGAACCGGGCGCUCUGGUCAAGGACCUCAAGGCGAGCGGCCCGUACGAUUAUGUCGUCGACACUAUCAGCCUUCCUCAGACAGUCGCAAUGAAUGCGCAGGUUGUUGCCGCGCAAGGUGGUGGCAAAGUCUAUGCGACACUGCCUCCCUUCGGUCCGGAAACGCUGCCAGAAGGAGUGAUCCGCGAGUUUGCGUCGUGGCCAGAGGUCCUCCGAGAGGAAGACAAGACUGGUCUGGAAAAGUGGACAUACGAGACAUAUUUUCCACAGGCUCUCGCAAAGGGAAGGCUCCUUCCACAGCCCGUGGAGAAAGUCAGUGGCGGUCUAACAAAGGGAGUGAACGACGCCCUCGAUAAGCUACAUAAGGGGGUCAGCGGGGUGAAAUUGGUCGUCGACCCGUGGGAAUGA